GCUUGUGUUUGUGUAUCCAUUAUUAUUUGAAGCCGGCCGGCGGCGAACGCCCCGCUUUCACAUCCGUCUCUGUGUUUCUCGUGAUGUCGCCCCAUCUGGCGACGAGCUCUUCCCUCGCUCCUUGUCCCCAUCUCUCGAAGGCGCGGCCGCUUCUCCGUGCCUCUUGCUCUACUCCGGCCUUCGCCGCCGCUCCGGCCAUCGAGGCCCGCAACCUGAGCUUCUCCGUCUCCACGAGGCCGCCGGGCAAGCUCGUCCAUAUAUUAAAGAAUUGCUCGCUCUGCGUCCCCCCCGGGCAGCUCUGGAUGCUUCUCGGGCCCAAUGGCUGCGGCAAGUCCACCCUUCUCAAGGACUAAGGACUCACAAUGUUGUGCCGGAGGCUACAGUUAUCUUUUUUCCUCUGUCUUGGCAGGACUCCUAAAUCCAUCUGAUGGAACCAUGCAUGUCAAUAGGCCAAGGAGCUUUGUAUUCCAAAAUCCUGAUCACCAGGUGGUGAUGCCCACAGUGGAAGCAGAUGUUGCAUUUGGUCUUGGUAAGUUCAGUUUGACAUUAAAUGAAGUCAGAUCAAGAGUAUCAAAAGCUUUAGAUGCUGUUGGCAUGUUAGAAUACUCACAAAGGCCAAUUCAAACUCUGAGUGGUGGUCAGAAACAAAGAGUUGCAAUUGCAGGUGCUUUAGCUGAAGCAUGCAAAGUUCUACUGUUAGAUGAAUUAACAACAUUUUUGGAUGAAAAUGACCAGAUAGGAGUUAUAAAGGCCGUUAAGAAUUCUGUGGCUGGUCCUGGAGAAGUUGCUGCAUUAUGGGUUACGCAUCGCCUGGAGGAACUCAAAUAUGCAGAUGGAGCUAGUUAUAUGGAAGAUGGACGGAUUGUUAUGCAGGGGGAUAUCUCAAGUGUUUCAAAGUUUCUCAAGGAGAAGCAAACAUGGUACAAUUGAUCUCAUUGUCUUUCGAGUGUUUCUAAACAUUCAUAUAUUUGGGGUUCCUACUCCAUGAGUCCAAAAUGAUAAAAUUAGUGUCUUGUUUUAGCUGAAGACGGGCUACAUGCUUAUAUAUUUCAAGCAGUGAACUUAUAGAAAUAGAACAUAUAUAUUGUAACACCUCAACUGUAGCUUUUGGCAAUGUAUGUGGCUAUGUGCAUAUAAGUCUA